AUGCAAUCCCUCCCCGACACCCGCACCCAGUCGUUUGACGAGAUCUACGGUCCCCCCGAGAACUUUCUCGAGAUCGAAGUCCGCAACCCCCGCACCCACGGUAUCGGUAGGCACAUGUACACCGACUACGAGAUCGUCUGCCGGACCAACAUCCCUGCUUUUAAGCUGAGGCAGUCGACGGUCCGGAGGAGAUACAGCGACUUUGAGUACUUUCGGGACAUCCUCGAGAGGGAGAGCGCGAGGGUUACGAUCCCGCCGCUGCCGGGGAAGGUGUUUACGAACAGGUUCAGCGACGACGUGAUUGAGGGCAGGAGGGCCGGGCUGGAGAAGUUUCUGAAGAUUGUGGUCGGCCAUCCGCUGCUGCAGACGGGGAGCAAGGUCCUGGCCGGGUUCGUGCAGGAUCCAAACUGGGAUAGAAACGCCUGGUGACGAGAGGUCAUGGGGCAGCUGGUGAGGACUGACUCGGGUUCUACUGCCACUACCAAUACGACCACGACCACGACCACGACCACGACCACGACAUUGGAUCAGACGACGGCUUCGGUUUCUACGAACGGCAGCAGCUUUUCGACGACCGGGAGGGGUAUUUCGCGGUUGUGGUCUGGCGGGAGGGAGAGGGCGGCAACGGACAUCAGCAGGUCGGGGCCGGCGCCACCGCAGCCACCACUCUCUGUGCAGACGAGACCGAGAAAGCUGCAAAAGAAACCACCUAAAGGGAUGUUUCCAGAGUCGUAUAAGUUGGAUGAUUAGAAAGCUUGACGGGUUAUGAUGAUAUGCGGGCUUGGUUGGUCAUUUUUUUCCCAAAAAGGAGGCGAGUAAUGUUGUUUGUUGCAUCAGUUGUACCGUUUUGUUUUGUUUUGUUUUGUUUUGUUUCCUUUCAUGUCGAUUCACUGCCAGCGGAGGAGAAUGGAAGCCAAGGAGAGAGAGUGUCUUGAGGGUUUAGCUGUUGGACUUUUAUUUGGUUUCAUUGAAUUCGAGAUAUCCCGUUUUUCCACCUCCCAGUGUCCCUAUGACAGUUUACUAUCUCGUGAACUCCGG